AACACUUCGGAGAAAAGGUUCAGGUAAAUUUUCAAAAAAUGUGCUGAACAUUUAAUUAUUUGAUUAUGUUGAGGCUAUAGUAAUUUGAAGCUAUUUUAAGUUACUUUUUCUAUUUUGUUAUGCAUGGAUUUUUGGGGAAAAGUUGAUUUUCCAUCAUGCUCAUUAUGUCCAAAGAGAAGGACAUUGGAGCACAUCCUCAGCAGCUGCCCAAAAGAGAUAAGUGAGGAUCACUGUCGUUGGCAUCAAAACCAAGUGCUCAAGGCUAUGGCAGAAUCUGUCGGUGUUGUAAUGGCCCACAGUAGGACCUGCUGGCAAGACAGACAACAGUGUUCGUCAAGGAAUGUCAAAGAGUAGGAUCAGCACUCACUGCCAGUUCAGGACCUCUGGUGAUGGCACAAGGCUAGCGGUUGAUGGUUGACUUGAGAUGUACGUUACUUUGGAGAAAGCAUGUGCUAAAUGAAUAAAUGUAAAUGUAUGUAAAUAUAAAUGACUUAGGAAGGCUAUUUAAGUUUCUAGCCACCAUCACAGAACUCUCUCUAAGAUCAGAAAUGCUGAAGCUUAGAGUUUCUUGACAAGAAUGGACAGAAGGGUCUAAUGAGAGAAAGAAGGUGAAGGAUGAGGAGCUGGUGGAGUAAACGGCUGGAGAACAAGGCAGCCAGAAGAUGGAGGCCAUCAAAGCAGAUCCUGAUGCUACACAGAGGACAUUUAAAUGGCUGUAGAUCAGGAGAGAUGCCAGCACUAAUCAGUAGAGGACAAUUAAAAGUAACAUUACAACAACAGUCCAUGGCAGUGGAGAGUGAGAACAAGAACGAAGUAAAGAUACCGUGGUUGACUAAGGAGACUGGCCAGAGGGGGCCACCUUGGGUCCCUGCGUCUAGUUCCUGUACCAGCACCACCGGACAGAUCCCUCUACUGGAAGACAAGCCGGUGAAGAAAGCGCAGCUAGAGACAGCGGUUUCAGCUUCCCGGCGCAAUGGAGGAGGGAUCAGAUCUGCCCAGCUUGUCAGGGAUCAACGGCACCUAGGAGGCAGAGAGGUUCCCCAGCACCAGCAAUCUGAAACGACUGUCCCUCAAUGGCAAGCUCCACACUGCCGAGCCCCCACCAUCUCAGCUGUCACACAUCGCUGGUUAUCUCAGCCUGCCCACCAGGACACAGCCCGUCCCAUCACUGUUCAUCAUCAGUCCAUCGUGUUCAGCUUGGAUCACACAUGUGCCAGAGGAAGUUUCCCAGGAUUCCACAGUUCAGGAGACAGGUCUUCAGCUGCAAGCCUUCAGCUACGGCCCCGGGUGUUCCCAGAGUUCACAGCAACACGAGGGUUACUGCCUUCCACUGCCCUCGGCACCUCUGCCAGCUCUGCUCGAAGAGAGAAGCACAAACCUCCAUUUAGGAUUCCAUUUAAACAAGCCACCAUUGAUUAUUAUGUCCCCAGACCUUCAACUAGCAACACGGACCGUUUGGAAAGUAACAAAAAGAGACAGGAAAGAGACACAAAAAAUACAUAAAGUGAGAUUCUGCUUUAGUCUAAUGAGUGCUCCUUUGGUUUAUGUAUGAAGUAUAUAAGUUAUGAAUAUUUUAUUUUGACUUUUUUUGACCCAACGGUGACAUGAAUGGGCUGCUAGCUGUACAGUGUAUGUUACAGAACUUAAGUUUAUGAAAAAGUGCAUGCAAAAUCCACUUUUUUUUUCAUACCAAAGAGGGUAUGGCUAGAAUAUAGAUGCAAUAGUUAUAGAUGCUGCAAGAUUACUGUAUAUUCAAUGUGAUACUAUCAUUUUAUUUGACUUAAUGAAGGAAAAAGAAAAAAUAUCUCCUCCAAAGGAAGCUGGUUACUCCUGCAGGAGAACUGUCAGUAGUCUUCAUUGUUACACUUUUACCUGAGUUUCCUAACAUGACUAUUCGUAUAAUAGAUGGUGUUCAUCAAAAAAAAAAAAAAAAAACGUUAUUUUACUUCUAGAGGUCAAUUUUAAGGUAUUUGUGUCAUUAGGCUAACUCAUUUUAAUCAGUGUAAACUUGACACCUCCACAACACAUGCAAUCUGCAUAUUGCAGUUUUUCAUUCAUUGUUAUUAAAAAUAUUUUCAAACUAUUGAAACUAUCAUAGUUACUAUGCAUUUUUAAAUAUUACAGACAGAGAGCAUAAUUUCAAUCAAUAUACCAUUUCGUGAAGUGCUCAAGAGUACUGAAUAGUUAUGGAAGGCAUAGUACACACACACACAUUUUCUGAACCGCUUGUCCCAUACGGGGUCACGGGGAACUGAA